ACUAACUUGCACAAGAAAAAAAAACACACAGGCAGCUCCACCAUACUAGGUAAUGAGCUCUAGCGAGAAGCAGCGUCUGAUGUUUUAUGUGCCCUACUUUGGAUAUUCCUGCAUUGAAUGUCUGAGGAGCUCCGGCCGACCCUGAGCCAUGUCGCAGAUGUUGCACAUAGAGAUUCCCAACUUUGGGAACACCGUUCUGGGCUGCCUGAACGAGCAGCGCCUGCUGGGGCUCUACUGCGAUGUCUCCAUCGUGGUGAAGGGCCAAGCCUUCAAGGCUCACCGGGCGGUGCUGGCCGCCAGCAGCCUCUACUUCCGAGACUUGUUCAGUGGGAACAGCAAAAACGCCUUCGAGCUGCCGGGCACUGUCCCCCCGGCCUGCUUCCAGCAGAUCCUCUCCUUCUGCUACACCGGCAAGCUGACCAUGGCCGCGAGCGAGCAGCUGGUGGUGAUGUACACGGCGGGCUUCCUGCAGAUCCAGCACAUCGUGGAGAAAGGCACGGACUUGAUGUUCAAGGUCAGCUCCCCGCACUGUGACUCUCAGACCACCAUGAUCGAAGACCCCAGCUCGGAGCCGCAGAGCCCCUGCAACCAGCUGCAGUCGGCCUCGGCGCCCUACGUCAUGUCCCCCUCCAUGCCCAUCCCGCUCCUACCACAACGAGGAGGACGAGGAGGACGACGAGGCCUACGACACCAUGGUGGAGGAGCAGUACGGGCAGAUGUACAUCAAGUCCUCGGGAGGUUACUCUGUGGCCCAGGAGAAGGCAGAGCAGAUCCCCCUGGAGAACCGCUCGUGCGUGCUGAUCCGGCGGGACCUGGUGGCGCUCCCUGCCAGCCUCAUCAGCCAGAUCGGGUACCGCUGCCACCCCAAGCUCUACUCCGAGGGGGACCCUGGAGAGAAACUCGAGCUCGUUGCAGGCUCAGGUGUUUACAUCACCCGGGGGCAGCUGAUGAAUUGCCAUUUAUGUGCUGGUGUCAAACACAAGGUCCUGCUCAGACGUCUCCUGGCCACCUUCUUCGAUCGGAACACUCUUGCCAACAGCUGUGGAACUGGAAUCAGGUCCUCCACGAGCGAUCCCAGCAGGAAGCCCUUGGACAGCAGGGUCCUCAAUGCAGUCAAAUGUCAGAAACCCAAAGCACCCCCCAACCCUUCGAGCAGGGCUCGGGCUCCUCCAGCCGGCCCGAGACCCCCGUGAGGAGACAGGAUGGUACUUAUGGAGGGACUUUAUAGAGAGAGCAAACAUUUCAUCACCUAUAAGGGAUCUGUAAUACUAAAGCUGCUUGCAUGCAUUACUAAUACGAAACAAAAAAAAAAAAUGUGAUCAAGCCACUUACCUACUGAACUGCUACUGUUGCCUGAAAAAAAUGUGAUUUUUAUUCUGCUUGUAUUUAAAAUUUAUGAAGGAAAUAAUCGCAUUCGUUAUACUGUAAACGACUAGGUCUGUGGCGACCUACUUAAAAAAAUAUUGGGCUCCUUUUUUGAUAUUCCUGAGGUUAGUCUAUAAGAUUGUAGCUUUUUCUUUUUUUUUUCCUUUCCUUUCCUUUGUUUUUUUGGUUUUUUUUUUGUUUUUUUUCUUUUUUUGUUUGUUUGUUUUAAGAAGGGGAGGAGAAAAGCUAGCCACCCCCCACCCACCACCACCCCGUCAUCACCCCAUCCAUCACUCAGCUCAGAAGUAAAGCCAUCGUUAACCUUGUCCUCGAAGGAGAGUUUUGUCACUGACCAGGAAAGCGAGGCGUGUUCGGGUGCAGGUGCUGUGACUGGCCGCGUUUGUCUCGGGAAGGGCUCGAGCCAAGUGGGACGGGCUGGGGGGAAUCGUGGCAGUGAAAUGGUGGCCAGGCCCCUCUGGAGGCAGGAGGGGAGCCCUGGCCGUGGGUGCUGCUGUCCCAGGGAGGCUCCUCAGCCCCCUGGAGCAGGGACGGUGCUGUGGGAGUUCAGGCUGGCGCGUGUCGGGAGGACUGUGUGGGAUGCAGGUGGAGAGCCUGGCUGCCGUUGUGGUUGUGGUCUGGUUUUUGCCCAACGUGGCUGGGUUUGGGUUUGGGUUUGGUUUCUCUCUCCCUCCUCCCUUCCUCCCUCCCAGCCUCUCCUUUUCCUUUGCUUCUCCGUGUUGGCACCUUCACGUCCCCACUUCUGGGGGACAGGAUCUGUCACCCCUCUGCACCCCAGGUCCUGGGGCACCCACUGGGAGGGGAGGAGCCCCCCCUGAGCCUGUGAAGGGAUUUGGGGAGGGAUCUGAGCAUGGAGAGCACGUUGUUCUUGCUCCAAAGGGCACGGAGUCUCUUGGUGCUGGCUCCUGGCAGCAUUUGCACCGGAGGCAGAGCUCAGUGCGUGCAGAGCUCACCCUCUGCCCCUCCCUCCUCCCCUGGCCAACCAUGCUCUCACUAUUUAAUAAUUUGGAAUGUAUUGGAUGCAAAAAUUAAAAGACAAAAUGAACUUUGAGCCCUUCUGUGAAGAGGUUUUGGGGAGGAGGAAGCUCUUUGCCUCCUGCUCACCCUCCCAUGCCCCUUCUGGGGAAAACCCGAUGUGGAGUUAUUUGUCUUUAUUUUUCUUGUUGCAGGCUGAUGUCCCCAGGCUGUGGUGGCUUUGGUGGCCUCGGGAUGGGACUUGUGGGUGUCCCUGGAGCCUGAUGGGCAGCAGGUACCUGCUCUGUCCCUCCCCUUUCCAAACCCCAGAGUGAGCAGGGUCUGUCCAAGGGGACCCUGCAGCUUCCCCCAAGUGCUGGGGGUCCCACGGGGAUGGGGACAGGGACAUUACAGCCAAGUUUGGCUUUUUCCUUGUUUUUUCCUUUCCUUUUUUAAUGAUGAUUAUUUUUACUGUGAUUUAACGACCUGCUUUAAUGACACUUGCAGCUUGUUCUCUAACACGUUGGGGACGAGGAACAAGGUGCACAAAGAGUCACUUUUAGGCUGCUGUGGCUGUGCUCCUCUUUUCUUUCCUGCUUUGAUUCCCUAAUCCAGACAGCGCUUUGCUCAGGGUUUUCUUCCUUCUUUGUAUUUCCAUUGGGAAAGGGGGAGUGGGGAGAGGAUAACCCAACUUUUGGCCAUUUGUUUUGUUUUCUUUGAUACUUGAAGCAGUUUUUUUGCAUCGUAAUUAACGAGGCUGCCCAGCCUGUGCCACUGCUCCUGACACAACCAGUGUUGGGGGGUCCUGCCCCAACGCUGGGUUUUGGCACAGCUUUUUGGGGGGGACUGUGACGCCCCAGAGCAGGUUUUGGGGGCUGGUGCAGGUGCAGAGGUGUGGGAUGCUUUGGAGAAGUGGGAAUGGGCACGGCUCUAUUUGCACUUUACCCAUGUCACUGAACAAGCCCGGGGACCACGGGCUGAGCUCGGGGCGUUUGUCCCCAGCCAUCCCUGGGGAUGCAGCAAUUCCUUGGCCCCGGGGACAGCUGCUGGAGGGCAGCUCAGCCAGCUUGGUGGGGCUCAGGUUUGGCUGAGGACCCUCCUGAUCCCCAAAUCUUUGGGUUUGCCAAAAGCUUGAGGCGAGCUGGGAGCGGCUCCGGGUGCCGGAGAUCAAAAGUCGUCCCUUGUGUGUGUGUCUGUGUGCAUAUAUAUAAAUAUAAAUAUAGAGAGAAAAGAUAUUGCAGAGGAUUCCUCCUCCUCCUCCUCCUUUUUUGGCACUCGCUGGGGGUGGGGAGCAGGCUGAGCCCCCCAGCUGGGGGCUGCACUUGGCUGGAGGGAUUAAUUCUGGACCAAACCUGUUCCCACACAGCCAGGGGGGCCACCGGGGGGGCAGCAGCAAAGUACUUGAAUGGCUUAGGACAGAGAGUCUGGAGAGAGUCAAGUUGCACAGUGAAAAUAUAUAUUUUUAUACCUAGCACAACUUCCUGUAUAUUUUGGGGUUUUUUCCUUUCUUUUUUUUUUUUUCUUUCAUUUCCUUUUUUUUUUUUUCCUGAUUUGGGUUUGUUUUAUUAAUUAUUAUUAUUAUUAUUAUUAGGAAGGCAAACUUCUAAAAUGUGAAGGGCGUUGGGUUUUUCCUUAUCUGGUAGAUGAGGGCAAGCAUUUUGCACUAAUGUUUCCUGUGUGUGGAGGAUUAAUGGUAUGUUUGAAAAUGUUAUAUGGUAAUGAUUGUAUUCUUCCGAGAAGAAAAACAACAGAAAAAAAAAGCAAAAAAAAAAAUAACCCCUUAAAACUGAAUGUAAGGUGAGAACAGAGCAGUCCAUCGAUUGUAUGCGGCUUUCCUGAGUGCCUUAGAAUUUUUUGAUCAUUUUUUUUCCAAGGAAAACAGAUUAAGAAGAUCAGAUCAUAACCGACUCCUUCCUCCUCUUUGUUUACGACACUAUUUUAAAUUCUAGAAUUUUGGGGCUGCUUUAUAAUGUGAAUAGGAAACUGCAUUCAUCUAGGUCUGACA